UCACAUGCGCAAACACAAAGGAAACGGAAAAAAUGUUGGAUCUACUAAAAUUAAAUAAAGUAAAAUUCUAGACUAGACCUAUAGUUCUAUAGUCUACUUAUAUUUACUUGAAUCGCUCUAGACUACUGGUGUAAAUUUGGAUGACUUGGUGAAGGCAGUAUGGUCAAAAUGACUGAGCAAACAGAAUCUAUUUUUUCUACAGAUUGGAAAAAGUUUGGUGUUUUGCACUGUCCUAGGUGCAAUUUAAAAACUUCAGAAGCUGGCCUCUUCCAUGCACACAACUGUAAGCCUGUUGUUCAAGUCAGAAGUAAAGCUUCAAUUUUAUAUAAGAAAAAGUCUUGUGUAUUCAGCUGCUCUGUAUGUGAUUCAGAUGUACCUGAAGUAAAUUUUCAAGAGCACCUUCAGAAUCAUGUCUCUCUAAAGCCUUAUACCUGUAAAUAUUGUAAAGUUGCUUGUGACUCACAGACCAAAUUUCUACACCAUUGUCAGGCUGCCUGUCUUGAGGAACCUACAGCAGCAUUUCAAUUAAAUAUCUCUCCACAGACCAGGGAGCUAAUAGCCAAAGCAAAACUAAAUCAUGAUCAGAGAGAAUAUUAUAUGCCAUUAAAUCUGAGCUUUAGAUCUCAUUUAAUGCCUAUGACCUCUAGCAGUUUUUCUAAAAAUGCAACUCAGCUUCAAUCUCCAUCAACAAUAUCUCCCAGUGUGUUAGAAAGCUCUGUAUUAAAUGCCAGACAUGGGCCAAGUACAACUACCUUUCCUGUUCAACACAUUUUAGAUCCUUUACAACAACCUAACAUAACACAAGUAAAUGCUUCUUCUCAAGCUCCUGUGUCCAAGUCUGCUAUUACUUGCAAACGAAAAUCAGCAGUGAUACAUGCACAAGUGAAUACUUUAUCAGUUUCUACUGAUAACAAUGUAUCAUCAGCUGUUGUAAAAAUUUAUGCUAGUUCUAAUGCUGGCCAAUCUAGUACCAAACAUGAUAAUUAUAGUUCAGAAUUUUCCAAUCAUUUAGACUUGCAUAAUGGAGUUAUCUAUCCACCAGUGAUGCAGCAUCCUAAUGCCUUUAUGCCAUUAGUUCCUCCUGUGGUGAACAGUUUUGUCAAUGAUGAACCAGUAGUUUCUUCUGUUGCAGUGAUGAACAGUUAUGUCAACACAACACCGUUAGUUCCUCCUGCUGCAGCAGUAAACAGUAAUGUCAACACUACACCAUUAGUUCCUCCUGCUGCAGCAGUAAACAGUUAUGUCAACACUACACAGUUAGUUCCUCCUGCUGCAGCAGUAAACAGUAAUGUCAACACUGCACCAUUAGUUCCUCCUGCUGCAGCAGUAAGCAGUUAUGUCAACACUGCAAUAUUAGUUCCCCCUGCUGCAGAAAUGAAUACUAACACAAAUAUCAAUGGAAAAUCAUCUCACCAGAUGAUGUCAGCACAAUCAUAUUUCAGUGGUCCUUGUUCUUUUGGGAUGAAUUCACCUGAAACAUCUUCAUGGCACAGGCCGGAUCAAACAGUUCUUAAUGUUACUGAGCAACAUAUUCCUGUUAGCUUGCAAGAUUCAGUCUCAGUGCAAGAAUGUGUUCCUUCUAUUUCAAAUAUAGCAAUAAAUCAAUACUCUACAUCUGUUGUCAACUCAGAGUUACAGAAAGAAGUUAGUAUUGUACCAUUCCAAACAAACAAGAGUUUAAUCAAUCAAUUAAAUUCAUGGGAAAUAAGCUCUUCAUCCUUUUCUUCUUGUCCGGAAAGCCGAGAUUUAUAUAUAGUCAAAGGCUAUUAUUUGUGCUUAAAGUGUAAGAUGAAAUGGUGCUCUGACUACAACUUAUUCUUCAGGCAUAUCUGGCAGUAUCACUCACACAAAGAUAAUUUUUCUUGCUGCCCUGAUGGAUUUUCUCUCAAGUGUAAACAUCUAAAAAAUGUUUUAAGAUCUCUUUACAGAAAAUCACUAGACACUAUGUCUGACUCAGUAAAACAGGUGAUCUACAAUGCUGUGAAUGGUUCAUUUGAUAAUGAAGCAGGGUCUAUCAGUCUUGAGCUUGUUUCUUCAACAUGUGAUGUUUCAGUCUCAUCCAUUAACACAGUAUCUCACUUACAAUCUCAUGAUAUUUGCUCCAGUGAAAGUAAAGAUGAAAAUAAAGACUUUUUGUUCACUCAAUUAAGCUUAUCACUUGGUGAAUUAAAGCAGGAAGCUACAAAGGAAAGUUUAAAUGCUAGUGAAACUAGCAAUGCUGCUAAUACAUGUGACUUGACGUCUGUUGCUACUGCUCCCAUUACGCAGAUUGAUAAUCAUAGUCUUGUGAACAUCUCUGCAACAGACAGCUUAGGAACAUUUCCAAAUAUGACAGCAAGCACAGACUUAAAGUCUUACUAUCAGUGUGGCUUCCAGAAUUGCUCCUACACAUGUAUUCGUCCAGUAGAUUUAUUAUAUCAUAGUGAAGAAAUUCAUGGAACUGAGACACAUUUCCCUUGUAUCUAUUGUGGCUUCUUAGGGACAUCAAGCAGUGCCUUACUAGAUCAUCUUGGAGAGCACAUAGGUAGUGAUGAUGCUCACAUUUUCUCUGGGUCUAUCAUAGAAAACAACCGAUGUUUACACACUAUUGAUGCUAAAGACUUAAACAGUAUUAUAGGGAGUUUUGAGGAGCAAUUAAAACAUUGUGACUAUACUCAGCUUAGAUUUGUGUGUAAUGUUUGUCUUGCGGAAUUCAGUUCUGUUCCAGAAUUUAAAGAUCACUGUGUGAAAUUUUUGCUAAAGGUGGUCAGUUGCAAGCACUGUAGAAGCUACUUUUUAGAUGCUGAUUCAUGGCAAAAACAUAGGUCUAAAGAGCACCCAACAGCACCAAGAUUGUAUUGCAUAAAUAGGAAACUUUUAUGUGAUGCAAUUAAGCAAAAUAAUAAUUUUUCAGUUUCUAAUUUACCUGCUCAGAGAGCACGUUUCAAAAGAUUUACAAGUACAGAUAGACAGAGUCAUUGUUUAACAACUAUCAUAGAACACCCAGAGAAACAAAGUCAUUCUAUAGCAGCCAUCAUGGAUCAACCCGUCCAGCAAUCUACAGUGAGUAUGAUGGUAGAACCACCUGAAAGAAUCACACUAUCAGAAAGUACUGUAAACAUUCAAACAGUUGAUUCAGGUACUGGUGCUAUGGUCAGACCUGCCAAUGAAGAAGACUCGUCAAUAGUGUUAGUUCUACCCAUUCCUCAGCCUUCAACAAGGAGUGAAACACCACCUCACAUUAAUGUGACUGAGGAAACAGUCGCCAAAGAACUGAACAAUAUUGUUACAAUGUCAUGUGAUGAAAGUACAACUUCAGAAGAAGAUGUGUUACACACUGAUGACAGCCAUACUAUGUUAGACAAUAACACUUCUCUUGCCUCUCCUGGCACUACUUCUAGCAAAACUUCAAUUGAUUCUUUAGUGGUUUCAGCUUCAGAAUCCAGAGUUGCAGAUACAGACUCCUUUAGUAAAGGGAAUUCAGUUAAAAAUGAAGCUUCUAUGCGAAGGUUGUCAGAAAUAUGUGGAGAUCAACAAACCGAUAUUUUAUUAAGACCACUGUAUGAUAUAGAUGGACAUAUGAGCAUAUGCAAACAAUGCAAGCAAAAGUUUACUAUCCUAAAAAGACUUCACAGUCAUUUGUUUCAUUGCAUUGGAAAACUGGGUGUUGUUCAUUGCCCAUAUUGCUCUUAUCAAGGUGAAAAUGCUUGUUUUUUAGUCAGACACAUAAAAAAAGAGCAUCCAACAGACAAUAGCAAUCUCUUAAUCAAGCUCAUGGUGAAUAUCUCUGGACUGAAGCAGACUUUACAAACAAGUACGGUGAAUACAGACAAUUUUGCAGAUUUGUGUGCCAAGUUUAAACCUGUCAGUAACGUACACAUCAAAAGUGCAAAAAAACAAAAUGUAUCUUUUGAUGUUAAUAUUGCUUCAGAGUCAAGAAUGUUCAGCUCAGAAGUCGAUAGUUCCACUGAAAAUACUACUGCACAGUUGAGGGCCACUGAGGAUGCCUCUGUGAGGUCAAAAUUAUCUGAAAAUGUAACAGCAGUAUUAAAGCCUUCUGAAGAUAUUACUGUAACACUAAGGGCUGCAAAACUAUCAAAUGUAAAAGAAAAUAAACUCUCAAUGGAAGUAGGGGAAACAGAUUCAGUACAGUGUACAAAACCUCAGUUGACAGAUCCAAAGCAAACUUUAUGUGAAAGUAAUGAAACUCUUGUAAAAAACUGUAGACAAGUAGAAAAUGAUAACAUAUUUAAAGACAGUCAGUUUCUGAACAAAGUAUCUGAAGUUCCUGUUAAAAGAAAAUUGAUUUCUGCAAUUGAAGAUACUUUAACAUGCAUUAAAAAGACAAAAUCUGAUUCUUCAAGCUGUACAUUGCCCACUGAUAAUCUCAUUAACAUAAAUGCACCCAUUUUAACCAAUCACUCUUGCAAAGAUAGUGGAGCCACUUCAUCACCUACAUCUGCUAAACAUCCUAGUUCAUCAAUCAAUAGAUACCAAUGCAAUAAAUGUCCUUACAAUUGUAAAUGGGAAGAAUCCACAAUGGUUCAUCAUCUAAAGACUGAACACUCAGUUCUACCUUGUGGUUAUUGUGUAGCUGUAUUUUUUGAGAAAGACGAUUUUCAUCGCCAUAUAAACUUUUUACAUAGAGGUAGAAAAAUUAAAACAAGGGACAGAAUUUCUUUAAGUGAGUAUUUCACGCUGAUUGAUUCUAACCCACAUAUUGAAAGAGCUGUAUCUAGUGAUAAAGAACCAAAUGAAUCAGCAUUUGACCAACCAGAAUGUAGCGUACUACAAAAUACAACAUUGGAUGGUGGUCCUUCAAUAACUACAAAGGAAUAUGGUAAAAACAUGAAUGUCACAUCACCCAAGAUGCCAGAUAAAUACAUUCCAGCAGAAACAAAACAAGAUAAAACAGACUUACUUUCUAAAGAAAUAUACACAAGUAAUUCUACAUCAUUAGUGACUAAAUAUACACAAAAUGUAAGAGCUUAUUCAUCCAAGAAUGAAAAACAAAAUAAAACUGAAUUACUCACCAAAAAAAUUAAUGUGUGUGGUUCUGAAACUGAACCUAUAGACAAUUUUUCCAUCCAACAACCAAAGAUAUCUAAUAAUCACAACUUAGUUGGGCUGGAAAAAAACCCAACUGAUUUACUUUCAAAAAAACGUGGCUUGAAAAGGAAAAACUUUGUAAGUCUGAAAGAAUUUCCUUUUAAAUGUAUUGUUUGUGCUGAUUACAAGAAAUCUAUAGCAGAUAUAGUUGACCACUACAGAUGGCUUCAUCCUAAUAAAAUUGUCAAGUUUAAUGACCGCAGGUUCCACCAUGUAUACUCAAUCUGUGGAGACGUUGUUGCCAAAAAGCUAGGAAGCCCACUUCCAGCUGCUAUACAUCUGUGUUAUUAUUGUAGAUUUCGACAAGAAACAAGAGCGGUGGUUGAGAAACACACACAAGUAGUUCAUGAUAAAAUGGAAUUGAAGGUUUUUUCUCUCAAUGUGUUUAAGCCUGCUAACAGGGAGAUAAUGGAUUGCCAAAACGCAAGAGACAUUGUUAAGAAAGAUGAUUUUCCUUUGGAAGAUCUCAAUAAAAAUAACAUACUUCAGAACGAUACACCUCAGAUAGUCACCGAAAAAGCUGUACCAUUACAGCAGACUAUUACAGUAGAAAAAUGUACAACUGAAUGUGAGGUGGAACAGAAUAAUCUUGAGACUAUGACUUCUAAAUACUUCAUUCCAAAAGACAUUUCUGGCAUUUUCAGAGCAAAGUCAGCCUCCACAACCUACUGCUGCCCUGUAUGCAAUGAUCGUCUCAGCAACCAGUUUGCUUUUCGGCUUCACCUGGGUAAACAUGGAUGGCACAAGCACACUACUGUUCUGAUCUCAACAGCUGGUCUACUCAUUUGCCACUUCUGUGGCUAUGUGGCAAGCAGCCAAAUUGAUUUAGGGGAACACACAGGCAAACACAUGACAGAAAGGCAGUACAUCUGUUCACUUUGUGACUUUGACAGUCACACUAGGCCAGGCAUAAAGAAGCAUAUUCAAAUGGUUCACCAGGAUGUUGAAAAUGUUCAGUAUAUCAAUCGAAAUGAAAAGAGUAAAUCUACAUUUCUGAGACCAGUCUUGGUUAAUUUAGAGCCCAAAGUAACAUUGGUCAAUUGUCUGGACAGCAGACAGCGGAAUCAUCUCAGAAAUCUACUUCUUGAAAAUGGGAUUAAAGUUUUGAAUGUUGAAGGGGAAAAUGUCUGUGCUAAUAUUCUUCAACAUAGAAAUAAUAAAUAUUUUGAAGUCAAAACAAUCUACUAAAAUUCAAAGCGGAACAUGUCUACUAUGGUGGUGUUUUUGUUCAACUUCUAAAUUUUUUAUUCUAAAUUGAACAUCAUCUGUGAAACUGCUAUCUUUAUGCCUGACUUUGCUCUGUUAGCCCUCCAGUGUCUAUGGUAAUGAGAGGCAUUAGUAAUUUCUGCAAAGUGUAGUCAUUUUUAACUUUUUUUUUCUUUAAAAAAAAAGAGACUGUUAUUAAAAUCAUGAAAUCCACUGAAAGCCAAAGAUUUCCAAGCACUUAUUUUGUAAACAUAAUGACUAUUGUGAUAGUUAAAUGCCUAAUGUUUUUCUCUCAGUAUUUUAAGUUUUUACAUGUUUCUAUUACCCGGUAAUACAAAAAAUGCUGUAAAAAGCUUUAAAGACAUUCUUUUUUUUUUUAUUCAAUUUGUAUUUAUGAAAUAAGCUUUGAAGACAUAAACAUCCAUUUAUUUAAUUCAAUUUGUAUUUAUGAACUAAAAAGCUUUAAAGACAUAAACAUCCAUUUUUUAUUCAAUUUGUAUUUAUGAUUGCUUUAUUCAUACAGAAUGUGUUCAUUGGCUCUAAAGCAUCGCUAACAGCUUGCCUUUUUCUCAUCAUUUUUAUUUGAUACCUUAAUUUAUAUUUGUAAGAGUGACUGAUUCAAAGUUUAUUGGACUAGUGCAGAGCAAUUAAACACUACAAUGAACAACUGUUACUUCUGUAUUUAUUUUUUUAACUCCAAGGUGCUGCAUUAGUUAUUACUUGUAAUAGUAGUUAAAGAUGUUUAAGUUUAAUUAAAUCCAUAAAUAUCAGUUUUGUAAUUGCUUCAUGUUUCACUGGAUGUCACUUCCUUAUAAACAUUAAAUCAUUGCAAUAUUGUUGGACUUUUUCUUCAAGAACAUAAUCAUUCAAAAACUUUGUUCAAAGCUUAAGUUUAUCAGUUGUAUUCCAAUAAUUUCUCAUUUGUUUUAUUUUCCGAGAAAUGCAAUAUAUUUUUUCAAUACAUUUUUUUUUACACUGGCUGUAAGUAUUGAAAUAAAAAUGCUUGCUAAUUAUUGCCAGUUUGUCUUUUAUACCUAUUGUGAUAUUCAUAUUUGUAUGUCAGUAUUAAACUUGGAACAAUUACAGGAAUAUUAACUUUAUUUCUGUCAGAAUAAGGACAACAUUAAGAAACAAUUGUUGUCCUACAUUUUCAUUUUCCAAAUUCCCAUACCUUUUUCUUUUAUUCUAAUAAGAUAAGUUAGCAACUUGCACAUUUUGAUAAUCAAAACAAAACUCCUUUUAGUCUAUAAAAGGCCAGUAAAAACAAAAUGAAAUUAAAAACUGCUUCAUUGUUAAAUUUAAAAAUUCUGAAGUCUAUAACAGUGGACAGUUCAGAGAAGCCACAAAUUCUGAAUUGUGACAUACAUGCACAUUUGCAAGAGAGGAUUUGAACCUAUCAAGCCCUCACUCAAAUAAGAGUUUGAUGAUAAGUCUCAACUUUGAGUAGUGAUCUCUAGAUUUGUUAGAAUAGUAAUAUUUAUCCUGUCUUUAUGUUUUUUCUUCUGAUCAUUCACUUUAAUUGAACAUUUUUUAUUUCAUAGUUAAUAAAUUGAUUAAAAAUAGAAACUAAUGUUUUCAAAUAUUAUUUGACAGUUAUGUAAAUGUUUGCUGAAAUGCUCAGUGUGAUUUAAAAAAUUAGCUGGA